UCCUUCUUGAACUGAACAGUUUGAAGCAAUAUAUUGCUUAUUAUACACAUUUCUCUGUUGGCUCAAAGAAAUAGUGAUCGAUCAUCAAUCUAAUAAAAAGUAAUUUUUAAAGAUUGUGCAGUGUCUGUGUCUCUAAACGUGUCUCUAAAGCAUGGCCCCGAUUUCUAGAAAUUUCUAGAUGUCUGUUAAGGAGAAAAUUUAUCCAUGUAGUCUGCUUUGGAAUAUUCUGAUUUUGGUCAUAUAUGUGCUUUCCAAAAGGGUUUUUAUGAACGGGAUCCAGUGACUCACUUGCAAUACCAUGCGCCACAAACAUUCAAUCAAUGGUGUUUUGUCCUUCAAGUUGACAAAUUCCCCGCCUUUUCCUCUUAUUUGCCGAAAGGAUAUCUCUUCGAAGUCGGGUAACAAUCACAUUUUGUCCCAAGCACCAAUCAGCGUGUCUAAUAUUGUUCCUGAAACCCUUCAGUGAAUCGACAACAGGAAGUCGGCAUUCUGUGAAGAUAAAAGUUUGUCUGAAUCGAGUUAAACCUCCAAUGCUCAAUCUUUGACCAAAAGAUACAUUGGCCUAUUUGGUUGGCGAGGGAAAGAAGAGACUAGCAUCGAAAUGGCUGGUGUGUUGCUUGAGUCGCUCACAAGAAAACAGCUUAUAAUUUUUACCGGUGUUGCGUUGGCUUCAGUCGUUAUAUUUUUUGUUCUUGGAGGCACUAAAGUAUCGACACCUGCUACUGCAUUACUGCACAUUGCAACUCCAUGUAACUCCAAGGGAAAGCCAUGGGGUGAAGCAUGGUAUCGGAGAACAUAUACAGAUGGCAGCAAAGAGGUGAAGGAUGCCAAUGCUCCAUGUGAAGAGGUGACAAUUGGCAAGAUCAAUAGCAAGAUAGGCAUCAGUGAUGUCGUUUUCAGUGUUCAUAUGCCUCAUCCUGGUCUUGAAUUCAGCCCCUAUCAACAAUUUGUGGUUGUUUCAAUGAACACAGAAAUAGAUAUGGAGUUUGACGCAAAAGUUGGUCCUGAAGUAUUCAACCGUACUAAAGAAUGUACCAUUUACUACAAAGCAAAAGUUGGAUACAAGGAUAAAUUAUCAGACAAAUGGACACUGUAUAAACAAACUGACAAUGAAAAAAGACCCCUGAAAUGUCUGCUUACUCAGUAUCGCACAGAGGGUGACAAAAUGGAGGGCUAUUACACUUGUGAGGACAUGCAUUUCCUGGAAAUUGGCAGCAUACAACAUCCGUAUUAUUUAAUAAACAUGCAGCUGAAACCAACUACCCGGUGCUUUGGUGUUUUGAAGGGACUGCAUUUUGUUGAAAUUCACCAGAAUGGAUCAUACACAAGGGCCUGGUUCAUAGCAAAAACAGUUCUGACUCCGUUUCUCAUAGCAGCAUUAAUAUUUUUCUUCCGCCGCAUCAAGGCCCAGCCACGGGCACCGAUCCUACUGGAGAAAUUGACAGCUGGGUUGGGGUUGUCCCUUCUCUUCUUAGUUUUACCCAUUGAAUGGCUUACAAUCGCAUUUGAUAUGCCGUACAUGUUGCUACUAUCAGAUUUGCGCCAAGGCCAGUUCUAUGCCUUCCUUCUAUCCUUCUGGUGCAUUUUCGUCGGGGAGCAUAUUUUAGAUCAACAGAAGCGUGGAACUUGGCGGAAUUAUAAAUGGCAGCUAGUUUUUGUCAUUCUCGCUUGUCUUGCUCUCCUGAUCUUUGAUUUGAUCGAAAGGGGAGUUCAGCUGCAUAACCCUUUCCAUACUAUUUGGAAGAAAGAUAAUGGCGAAACUGCUGCUAAAGGCUUCAUCAUUGUCGCUGCCAUAUCUUCAAUUCUUUUUGUUUUAUUCUUCUUUGGUUUGGUGAUCAAAGUUUUUCGACACAUGAGCGUCAAGGGCAACGCGCUUCCAGUUAUGCAAGAAGCACGGAGGAUAUACUAUCAGGGGGUGAUAUACCGAUUCCGUGCUCUCGUGACAAUUACUCUGAUGUGUGUAAUCAUGACCGUUUUGUGCUUCGUUUUGGAUCAAGUAAAUGAAGGCCAUUGGAAAUUCAUUGAGGACAACCCGGUCAAUGACGUCGUUCAAGUAUCUAGCGCACUGCACUUUGGGACAUUUGGAAUGUGGAACGUCUAUGUCAUAUCAGUGUUGAUUCUCUAUUCUCCAAAUGAAGCCACCGAUUCAUCUACAGUACGAUACAGAGCUGCCAAUGCGGAGCAACGAGAACAUUUGACAAUAGAUGAUCCUUCAGAGGACAGUCUCAACGAUGCUUCAGUUUCAACUGUGUACCAGUUAUCUGGCCAGCACAUUAAAGAGUAGAGGGUGCCUUUGAAUGUUCAACUUCAUGUUGGUUAUGAAACGACAGAAGCAAAACCGCAGCCCAUACUUCAGUUGCAAAAUGCAAAAAAAUAAUAUUUUGUAGUUUUUCAAUAUUUUAAACGCAGUGACGAAUUUUUUUCUAAACAAACCGUAUACACAACAGAAUCACUAAUGGUACCGUUGAAAAAUGUUGGUCAUACCCAGUAUAUUUAUAUCAUGUAGCUUAAGCAUUCGUGCUUCGAUACUGGUGUAUCAUACCUUAGAAUUUGUCAAUUUCUUUAGCACGAAGAUUCGAUAUGUUCAUUCUGAAUUACGAAUGUAUCCAAUGUCGUCUUUUAAGCUUUUGUAUGCAAUUAUUAUUUGCAAUUCUUUCUUAUAUUUUAUAUGAUAUGAAAUUAUUCCCGUAACUCUG